CGGACAAGGCCGAGGUCGCAACAGAGCAGGCCCGGCCGCCGAGGCUCGACCUGUCCACCCCACCUCCACAUCCCGCGGCUACACCGCACCAGCAGCCCAGAACCCGGUUCCCCGCCGAGCCUGCCCCGGACAAGGUCGAGGGUGACGGAGAUAGCAGAGAGCACCGCAUCACAACAGCAGCUGCCAACAUGAACCACCACCAUACGCAGCAGCAGCAGCAGAAAGCCGGCGAGCAGCAGCUCAGCGAACCAGAGGACAUGGAGAUGGAAGCUGGGGAGACAGAUGACCCUCCAAGAAUCCCGGCCAACCCGGUGAUCAACGGUAACGUGGCCAUGGCAGACGGGCAUAACAACACAGAGGAGGAUAUGGAGGACGACACCAGUUGGAGAUCGGAGGCGACCUUUCGGUUCGUCGUGGAGCGCUUCAGUCGCCUUAGCGAGUCCGUUCUCAGCCCGGCCUGCUUCGUCCGGAACCUGCCCUGGAAGAUAAUGGUGAUGCCGCGGUUCUACCCCGACCGGCCUCACCAGAAAAGCGUCGGCUUCUUCCUGCAGUGCAACGCAGAGUCAGACUCCACGUCGUGGUCUUGCCAUGCUCAGGCCAUGCUAAAAAUCAUUAACUACAAAGACGACGAGAAGUCGUUCAGCCGCAGGAUCAGUCACCUAUUCUUCCACAAGGAAAACGAUUGGGGCUUCUCUAACUUCAUGUCUUGGAGUGAUGUAACGGAUCCGGAGCGAGGCUUUAUUGAUGACGACAAAGUCACGUUUGAAGUCUAUGUCCAGGCAGACGCUCCACACGGAGUCGCCUGGGACUCCAAGAAACACACAGGCUAUGUUGGACUAAAGAACCAGGGAGCAACUUGUUACAUGAAUAGCCUGCUACAGACACUGUUCUUCACUAACCAGUUACGACGGGCGGUGUACAUGAUGCCCACAGAAGGCGACGACUCAUCCAAGAGCGUUCCCCUGGCGCUGCAGAGGGUUUUCUAUGAACUGCAACACAGCGACAAACCAGUCGGCACCAAGAAACUCACAAAGUCUUUUGGAUGGGAAACACUGGAUAGCUUCAUGCAGCACGACGUACAGGAGCUGUGCAGAGUUCUGCUGGACAACGUGGAGAACAAGAUGAAAGGCACUUGUGUUGAAGGAACCAUCCCCAAGCUGUUCAGAGGAAAGAUGGUGUCGUAUAUCCAGUGUAAGCAUGUGGACUACCGGUCUGAGCGGAUAGAGGACUACUACGACAUCCAGCUUAGCAUAAAAGGAAAGAAGAACAUAUUCGAGUCAUUUAAAGAUUAUGUUGCGACUGAACAGCUAGACGGAGACAACAAGUACGACGCAGGAGAGCACGGUCUUCAAGAGGCAGAAAAGGGUGUGAAGUUCCUUACUUUCCCUCCAAUUCUUCACCUGCAGCUGAUGAGGUUCAUGUAUGACCCACAGACUGACCAAAAUAUCAAGAUUAAUGACAGAUUCGAGUUUCCCGACCAGUUACCUCUGGACGAAUUCCUGCAGAAGCCAGACUCCAAGGACCCCGCAAACUAUAUUCUACACGCCGUGUUGGUGCACAGCGGGGACAACCACGGCGGUCACUACGUCGUCUAUCUUAACCCCAAAGGAGACGGCAAAGUGAGUGUCAAGGAACCAAUUUGGUGUAAGUUCGACGACGACGUAGUGUCGCGGUGCACCAAGGAGGAGGCCAUAGAACACAACUAUGGUGGGCACGACGACGACCUGUCGGUCCGUCACUGCACUAACGCGUACAUGCUGGUCUACAUCCGUGAAUCCAAGCUCAGUGAGGUUCUCCAGCCGAUGACUGAUGGGGACAUCCCCCAGCAGCUGGUGGAGCGUCUGCAGGAGGAGAAGAGGGUGGAAGCACAGAAGAGGAAGGAACGCCAAGAGGCGCACCUCUACAUGCAGGUUCAGAUGGUGACAGAGGACCAGUUCUGUGGACAUCAGGGCAAUGAUAUGUACGAUGAAGAGAAAGUAAAGUACACAGUCUUCAAAAUCCUGAAAAGCUCCACCCUGCAGGAGUUUGUCCAGAACCUCUCCCAAACCAUGGGUUUCCCACAGGACCAGAUGAGGCUUUGGCCCAUGCAGGCCCGCAGUAACGGAACCAAGCGACCCGCCAUGCUUGACUACGAGGCCGAUUGUAACAAAUCGAUGAUCGACUUGAGUGACAAUGAAAACCCCUGGACAAUAUUUCUGGAGACUGUGGAUCCAGAGUUGGCAGCCAGCGGAGCCACGUUACCCAAGUUCGACAAAGACCAUGAUGUCAUGUUGUUCUUGAAGAUGUACGACCCCAAAACCAGAAGCUUAAAUUAUUGUGGACAUAUCUACACACCUAUAUCCUGCAAAAUUAGAGACUUGCUGCCAGUCAUGUGUGAGAGAGCAGGGUUUCAGCAGGAAACUAGCCUUAUCCUCUAUGAGGAAGUAAAGCCCAACCUAACAGAGCGGAUUCAGGACUACGACGUCUCUCUGGACAAGGCCCUGGACGAGCUCAUGGACGGGGACAUAAUUGUCUUCCAGAAGGACGACCCAGAGAACGACAGCAGUGAGCUGCCCACAGCAAAGGACUAUUUCCGGGAUCUGUACCACCGAGUUGAUGUCAUUUUCUGUGACAAGACCAUCCACAACGACCCUGGCUUCGUGGUCACGCUCUCGAACCGCAUGAACUAUUUUCAGGUGGCCAAGACAGUCGCACAGAGGUUGAACACAGAUCCAAUGCUGCUGCAGUUCUUCAAGUCCCAGGGGUACAGGGACGGUCCAGGGAAUCCUCUCAGACACAACUAUGAUGGGACACUGCGAGACCUGCUGCAAUUCUUCAAACCUCGGCAGCCCAAGAAGCUUUACUACCAGCAGUUGAAGAUGAAGAUAACAGACUUUGAGAACAGGAGGAGUUUUAAAUGCAUAUGGCUCAACAGCCAGUUCAGAGAGGAGGAGAUCACCCUGUACCCUGACAAACAUGGCUGUGUACGGGACCUUUUGGAAGAAUGUAAAAAGGCAGUGGAGCUGUCUGAAAACGGCUCUGAGAAGCUCAGGCUGUUAGAGAUAGUAAGCUAUAAAAUCAUCGGGGUUCACCAGGAGGACGAGCUGCUAGAAUGUUUAUCUCCUGCUGCCAGUCGCACCUUUAGAAUAGAGGAGAUUCCUUUGGACCAGGUGGACUUGGACAAGGACACUGAGAUGUUGAUCCCAGUCGCUCACUUCCACAAGGAAGUCUUUGGCACCUUUGGGAUUCCCUUCUUGCUCAAGAUCAGACAGGGGGAGCCGUUUAGGGAGGUGAUGAGGAGGAUCCAGACCAUGCUGGACAUCCAGGAGAAAGAAUUUGAGAAGUUUAAGUUUGCGAUUGUGAUGAUGGGCCGGCAUCAGUACCUCACCGAAGACGAGUACGAGGUCAACCUGAAGGACUUUGAGCCACAGCCAGGUAACAUGUCCCACCCGCGGCCCUGGCUAGGGUUGGAUCAUUUCAACAAAGCUCCAAAGAGAGGUCGCUACACAUACCUGGAGAAAGCAAUCAAGAUCCACAACUAAAGCAGCCUAGCCCCCCUCCUGACCCCUCGUGCUCCUGCUCCUCCUCCUCCUCUUCUUUGUUCUCCUCAUCUUCCUCAAAUCCUUCCUCCCUCCCUCUUUCCCACUUUAACAAACCAUAACCACAGACUGUAACCAACCGUGUGUGUGAGUGUGUGUGCGUGUUUGUGUGCGAGGCUGUGUGGGUGUGCGUGCUUGCUUGUAUGCCUGUGUGUGUUCAUCACUCUUUAACACCCGCCUGGACACCUCUACAGCUCCGCACCGGCACUACGUCUUCAGCGACACAGGAUCUCGCUGCAGCUGACAGAUUAUUCUUCAAAGGAAAAAUAAACUGCACCAACCACCUCCUGACUGUUUAUUUUUGUUGUACAUUUUAGGGUUGUUUUUUUUUUUUUUUAAACUGUCUCCCUUUACGUUUGAAGCUGUUCGGCUUUUCUACCUGUUCACUGCCUGCUUUUUGUUGCCUGUCUUGAAGUGGGACAUGUAAAACUGGGCUUUAAGAUGAAUUUGAAAAGCGGAAACUGCGUCUUUUCUCCCCACUUGUUUUUUUUGUUUUUUUUUUCCGUCUGGGCUAAGGAGGAUUGUUUUAAAUGAAGUUGCUUGGAGAGGAACUGCACCGCUAUGUAUUGAAUUUGAUGAAAAGAUGUUUGCUCAGAGCUUCGUGGUAGUUCCUUCUCCCAUCCCAUAGUGCAACAAAAAUAAAAAGCAGUAUUUCCAAGUUUACACAAUUCUUUCUCACUUAGUUUGGUUGGAGGACAGUAAAUCUGUUAUUUUUUUUUUGCAGAUCUUGUAUGAUAAAACUUUAAAAAAAAAAUCUGCAAAUCGGCAUCUGUUGGAAAUAAAUGGAGAAAACCCAGAAUUGUCUCUUUAAUCUUGAGAGUUGGCACUUACUGUCGCAGCUUUCUCAGGACCGUCUGUUUUUCGUAACAAUAAUUCCUCUCGAAUCACACGUGCACAAACACUUUUGCCCUCCACGCCCAUCCUCUUUUAAUAGUUCUUCAGUCAUUCCUCGAAACACAAACACGCACACACCUCCUUCCUCUCUCCCUCCCUCCCCACUCUCCCUCAUCUCUCUCGACUCUGUCGCCCUCUGGUGGUUAAAAGCAGGAACUGCAUCGUGCUUGGUCGAGCUGCAGUCCCUCCAAGUUUGAGGAUUGUGUAGAGCCAAAACCAGCAUUGUAAGAAACACUUUAAGCCCUCUGAAUCCCCACCCCUCCUGUCUCUUUUUAUUAUUUUUAAGCACAGAUGGAAUGCACCCCUUAAAAACGCAUAGCUGGCUCUGUAAAGACGACAUUUAAGAAUUGUAUAUUUAAAAAUAUGAACGUGUAAAAUUUAAGAGAAACGCCUUUUCUUGUUGGGUACAGAAGGAGCCAGGUGUUCAUAUUUCUUGUGUGUAGAUUUUUUUUUUUUAUUAUUUUCUUUUUGUUCCUGAUGUACCAUUGACAACUAUCUUUUCUUUUUCUGUUACCUACAGAUUUUUUUUUCUUGAAAAAACCUAACUGCAGUGGUUUGUCUUGUUUAAAAACCUUGCGUACAAAGAUGACCUGCAGAAUCACCUUGAUUUGAUCUUUUCCGGUUGAAAAUCAUCAGUGUAGCAGCAGUGUACGACAACUAUUCCUGUAUAUUGCCUUUUUGCUGGAAAAUAUAUGUUGAAUAAAAAUUUUCUAUAAAAAUGAGAAAAAAAAAAA